AUGACCGCAGACUCUGGCUCGAUUCUCAAACAGUCCGCAACACCGAUAACCGUGUUCACAGGAUUCCUGGGUGCAGGAAAGACCAGCAUCAUCUUGUCUUUGCUGCCUCGCCUUCCAAAGGACUACAAAGUCGUGUUGCUGAAGAACGAGUUUGGUGACAUCGAAGUCGACAGUAAGCUUGCAGAGUCAUCCAACUUGUCUGGAGUCAACGAGAUUCUCAAUGGAUGCAUGUGUUGUGUCCUUGUCGGGCAAAUGCAGUCGGCCCUUGUUGAGAUCAAAGAUAAGUUCAACCCGGAUCGAAUCAUCAUCGAAUGCUCGGGAUCAGCUUUUCCGGCAACACUUGCUUUCCAAAUUCGCCAAUUGGAAAAGGAUAGCAACGGAGGCUUCAAGCUCGACUCAAUCAUCACCGUCAUAGACGCCGAGAACUUCACUGGCUACGAAGAUACCUCUCCAACCGCUAGAAUGCAGGCCAGCUACUCUGACAUCAUUCUUAUUAACAAAUGGGAACACGUCUCGGACAGGCAACUAGACAUCGUCAUGGAUCAUUUACACACCUUGAACGACCUCACCCCGAAAAUUAGAUGUGAAGGUCGGACCGGUGUCGAUCCCUCCCUGAUUUUUGGACUAGACUCACAGCUCUUCCGGCUGGAGGAAAAGGAGGAACAUGCACAGAACCGCUCGAAUGGGCACCAUCACCACGAUGAAGUCCAAACCCUCACCAUUCUCAGCCGGCCUGGCUCUACCUCGCUCUCUAGAUCAACGGUCGAGAAAGUACUCGAAGGUGUUUCGAAGGAGGCCGUUUAUAGAAUCAAAGGCUUCUUGCGGAUCGGUCCCGUCGAAGAAUUAGGAGGUCCCGACGACAAAGGAACGACUCCCGAGAGCGAUUCUGUUCCGAAGCAGGCGCCUGGUACCACAAUCGAUGAGAACCUGAUUUUAAAUUGGGCCUUUGGACGAUGGGACUUCACACCAUACCCGAAUCCUUCUGAUAAUAUCAGCGAAACCAUUCGGUUGACGGUCAUGGGAGAACGUGGGUCGACUCUCCGAAAGGCCGCCAAAGAAUUGGCAGAAGCACUCGGGGCAGAGGUGCGAUAG